AUGGGAAAUCGUCAGUCGAAGUUGUCCCAAGAGGAAUUGAACCAGCUUCAGAAGGACACGCAUUUCGACAAGAAGGAGCUCCAGCAAUGGUACAAGGGCUUCCUCAAAGACUGUCCAAGCGGCAUGCUCACGAAAGAGGAAUUCCAAAAAAUUUACAAGCAAUUCUUCCCUUUCGGCGACCCAACCUCCUUCGCAGACUACGUCUUCAACGUCUUCGAUUCAGAUAAGUCAGGCUCCAUCGACUUUAAAGAGUUCAUAUGCGCACUGAGUGUCACCUCGAGGGGGAAGAUGGAGGACAAGCUGGACUGGGCAUUCCAACUUUACGAUAUUGAUGGCGACGGUGAGAUAAGCUACAGUGAAAUGCUGCAAAUCGUGGAAGCGAUAUACAAGAUGGUUGGUUCGAUGGUCAAGCUCCCAGCCGACGAAGACACACCAGAAAAACGGGUUCGGAAGAUCUUCAAAAUGAUGGACAAGGACGAGAAUGGGUCGCUGGACAUGGCUGAGUUCAAGGAAGGCAGCAAGCGUGAUGAAACAAUAGUUUCGGCACUAUCACUGUACGAUGGCCUAGUAUGA